UCGGGCAAGAAUGGAGUAAUACAGACGAACUAACGAGCUAAGGAGCGAGUGAGCGCCGAGUCGAUAAGUGUUCGUGCAAGAAUAAAAUCGAAUGAAAAUAAUUUCAUUGAAAAAGUAAUAUUUAGUUCUACACUAAGUCCUUGAUUUAGUUGUAGUUCAAAAAUAAAAGUGCAAUAUCGCGUUUCCAGUACUCAAUUCUUAUGAAAAUCAUAUACAUACUAUGUGCAUAAAUAAAAAAAAAAAUCCAAUAAGUUGUAAGCACUAAAAAAUUGAGUCGAACGUAAAAAUCAACCCCAGAAGUUAAGAAAAAGUCACCACCACAUAUUCGACACAAAAAAAAAAAUGAAAACAUACCCAGACUCACCAAAAGUUUACACUGCCUGUAUUACCACCAUCACCAGCAAACAACUUCACAGACAAUAGAAAUAUUCAAGAAAACCCUGUGUCUGCAGUAACAACAGCAGAGCGCAGUCAGUUUUCAACACUGUGUGCUAAUCAAGUCUAAAAUUUCAUCAUUCAGAAAAUUUUGUCUCCACAUUGUCACCUCAAUCGCUUCUAAGUCGGGUUCGCAUUCUAGUUCGCACGCAAACUUCAAUCAUAUAUGAUUAUCGUUUUGUUGUUAUUGUUUCAAUCGCUAUGUUUAUACUGUCAACGUCUGGUCCUGCAUAUACACGAUCGAUGGAUCAAUCCAAAGAAUUCACGUCUACUUAAGGAAGCCGCUGAGACGUCCUCAGCUGCGACACGCAAGCUCCUGCUAGAGCAAUACCAUACUGGAGGCUUAGAGAGUAACAGACAGCCACGCAAACGAAACAAUCUAUCCACAUGUGGUGGUGAACCAGAUGGUGCUGGAGGCAUUCUAGCUGAGGCUUGUCGUUUUUGCGCUAACAGUCCGCAGGGUUAUUGUUGUCAUCAUUUUCAUUUGCAAAAAUUGGAAAUACAGAAGGCACACAAGCAACAGCUACAGCAAUCUAGCGGCUACCUGUCGACACAGAAUCGGCCACGCUUCUGGCAGCCACUCUGCGGUGGCAGCACUUCGACAACGUUGGAGCAGACAUGGGCGCAACGACGGCAGCAGCGUAAAGUAAGUCGUGAAUUGAAGCGAAAUUUGAAAAAUCGAUUGACUGUCACAACGUCACUACAACAUCAAACACAACUACAGCAACAGCAACAACAAGAGCAGCAGCAAAACCCAAUGCAAAAACAAUAUCAGCUUCAAAGGCAGUAUUUGAGGCGACAGCAAUAUGAAGAGUUCAUGAGAGCAAGAAACGCCGGCAAUAAUAGUAGCAGUAGUAGUUCUAGUAGUAGCAGUCCAUUGUGGGAUACGUCCACAUCAAAUUCAUCCAGCGGCUACCAAUCACCCUUCGCUUCGGUGUACAAUGUUAAUGGUUCGCUCUCUGAUAUCGAUACCACGGACUCUGGUCUAGCGACCUCCAUAGAAAGUGUUGCAUAUUAUGGUGUUGAAGAGGCGGGAUCUGUCGAAGAAUUGUCCCCAAGUUUGGCUGUUGAACUAGAACUAGCGACAGCGAAGACAUCCACAAUAACAACAACCUACCUUUAAGUGACGAAAAACAUAAAAACUACAGAUACAAGAACGGCAAUCUUAUUGGUACCUUAAACAAUAACUAUUAGCAGUUAAACGGCAACAGGCGAACAGAGAGAAUUGAAAAUAUC